AUGCCAACAUAUCUGAUCCAUGGUUUUCGCUGGCCGCGGCCGCUUAUUCGCAUCCAUAUCAUUCUUCAAAAUCUCGACGAUGCAGCCGCAGAAUGGCUCAUCGCGCCUGCGACGACCGAGACGUUGCUCGAAAACUUUACCGAGUUAUGGCCGCAGACCAUAGCGAACCUGCCCAACCUCCGCUUUGUAGAACAAUUCGAUCCUACCGAUGAGUCUCCAGCUGCCUGUUCGCAGCCUUACGCAUACAUCGCCGAUAUUUGCGAACAAGUCAAACUGGGCAUUGAAGUAGAUGAAGUCAGGGGAAAAGGACUAGGUGAUGAGCAAUGGAACGCACUCAUGGAGUUGAGAGACAAGCUUGCGCCAGACGAGAAGGUCGGUUGGUUUGUGGUCGUCUGUGGGGAUGAAGAUCGCACCGACGUGGGUCCUCAAGAGGAAGAGGAGGAAGAAGCCUAUGCGACAAACACAACAGUGCCGGUCGAGCUACCUGUACGGGGAGCGGCGCAUACUCGAACGAUUUCGUCCAAAGAAGGCGUGCAGAAUGGAGGAGCCACACCCGAGACUACCUAUACCAACUACAGCGAUACCACGAGUUCAAGGCGUAGCAGGCAGAGCAGAAAUAGCAGCGAAGUAUGCUUGGAGUCUCACAAGAUAGGGCUGCCAGAGUAUGGACUAACAUAUGUGCAGCGCACUCCUACGGUCACAACAGCACCCACAGCAAGUCCCAGUCUUGAAUCACCACGCGAGAAGAGAGGGCUACGCAAGAUGUUCAGUAUGGUGAGACAGAAGAGCAUGUCAAGUUUGCGCAGUAAGAAGAGGUGA